AUGAGCACCGCGGACGCCAACAAGAUCCGCAACGAGGAGUUCAAGAUAUGGAAGAAAGCAGUGCCCGCGCUGUACCAGCACAUCUCGACGUUCCGGCCGCCGUCCACCACGGUGUUUGAGCGCGUGGAGCAGGUCGCCAAAGUGGUGGCCUUCACGCGCGAGGUGGUGCCGGACGCCGCGCGCGGGACGCUCGCGGCGUCGCUGUUGUGCUCGCAAGGCAGCGACGUGUACGAGGUGGAGUUCGAGCUCCCGCUCGGGCUCCACGACGACGACGACGACGACAGCGGCGGCCGCGGCGGCCGCGGCGACCCGCAAUACGGGCCCGCGUUCGCGCGGCCCGCGCAGCGGGAGCCCAAGUGGACCUACCAGGGCGAAACCAUCACCAAACUGCAGUGCCUGGGCACGUCGUCCGCAGUGGCGAUGACCGCCAGCGGGUCGCUGGCGUGGUUCCAGGCGGGCUGCCGGGCGCCGGUGUCCGUGGUGGAGGAGCUGGUCGGGCCCGCGACCAGUUUCUCGCAGAUCCACGACCAGUCGCGCGCCCACGGCGACGCGCGCGCGGACUUUGCAGUUUCCGGGGACCUGGCGACGCUGGUGAAGUCGCAGCCGGGCCCCGGGUCGGCGAGUCUGUUGAAAGUGGUGGACAACUCGGCGCAGCCCGCGGGCCGCGUCGUCCGAGUCAUCCUGGUCCCGGGCACCUCUGCGACGCCCGUGGUUCGGUUUCUCGACAACCACCUCUUCGCGGCGUGUUCCGACGACAGCACCGUCCGGUUCUUCGAUGUGCGUGGCGACGGCUCGCCGCUGUGGGCCCUAACGGACCCGCACGACGGCAGGGUCACCAGCAUGGACGUGUCGCCGUUUGUAGAAACGUUGUUCCUCACGGGCUCGGACACCGGGGUGCUGAAGCUGUGGGACUUGCGAAGCAUUGUCGCGUGCGCGCCGACGCGCGAGGAGCCCAGGCCGAUCGCCAAGUUUUACCAGUCGGCCGGGGACGCGGUCGCGGACAUCAAGUUUGGAGUCUCUUCGCCGACCGAGGUUCUGACCGUGGGACGGUCCGGGAACGUCUACCAUUGGGAUUUGGAACCCGUGUUCGUGCGCGACGGCGACAACGACCACGACCACGACCAUGACCACGACGACGACGCCCCGGACCCGGAGGAAUUGCAGCAACUGUGUUUGAAGUUCAUGCACACCGGUGGUGGCCGCAGAAACGUGGCGAAUUGUAACCAGCGCGACACUGUCACUUGGCACCCGGUCAUCUGCGGGCUCGUUGGGUGCGUCGACCCGGACGGAGUCUUGACGGUGUACAAGGGCUUGGUUGGAACCGACGAGGAGUCAUCUGCGCCGAGCGCCGAUGAGGACGAGCACUAG